AUGGCUGAAGGCGCGAACGUCAUGCACCACUGCAACGAGAUCCUCAACAUCUCUGCCAAGUUUAGCGGCAUCGGUACGAAGAUGGAAGACGAAGAUGUUGCAAUCUGA